CAAAAUGGCGCAAACGGGCUCACAACUCCCUCUCGACAGCGACGGCAUCUGCAUGCUCUGUAAAGAGAGGCCUUCCGAAGAGGCCACUCUCUGCUGCGCCACGUGCGCCACGCCUUGGCACGUGUCCUGUCUCUCUCAGAUCAACAAUUCCUCCCUAGGGUUUGAGUGCCCUGACUGCUCCGGCUACGCCCUCACCGGAGCUCCCGUGCCUGCAAAUGCGGAUAGCAAGGAUCUCUUCGCUAAGAUUCGGCAGAUCGAGGCCGAUGAUUCCUUGUCAGAGGCGGAAAAGGCUAGCAAAAGGCAGCAAUUGCUGUGCGGGAGCAUCCAAACCGAUGCUGGAGAAAUUUCGGAGGAAAAAGAGGACAAAUCGUGUGAUAUUCUGGUUGUGAUGGGCGAGACUUUGAAGUGUGCUUAUUGUAUGGAGCUUCCGGAGAGACCUGUUACGACGCCCUGUGGGCACAAUUUUUGCUUGAAAUGCUUUGAGAAAUGGAUCAAGCAGGGAAAGCGUACCUGUGUCGUAGCAACUUGCUGGACAAAAUGGCCAGCAGGCCACAUCAACUCUGCACUUGUGGCUGCUAUGAGAAUGGCGAAGCUGAUGAGAACAAUCACAUCUGGCUCUGUUGCCCCCCAAUCUGUUUAUUGCUACUUACAUGACCAGGAUCGUCCGGACGCGGCAUUCACUACUGAAAGGGCGCAGAGAGCGGGAAUGGCCAAUGCUGCAAGUGGGAGGAUUUUUGUUACUCUCCCGAAAGAUCACUUUGGAUCUAUUCCAGCAGAGAAUGAUCCUGAGAGGAAUGUUGGGGGUUUUGUUGGAGAAACGUGGAAAAUGCGUAUGGAAGUCAGGCAGUGGGGUGUGCACUACCCUCCUAUAGCUGGCAUUAGUGGGAAGGCACGUUAUGGCUCACAAUCAGUUGUCAUUUCCGGAGGUUAUGAGGAUGAUGAAGACCAUGGUGAAUAGUUUAUCUACACUGGAAGUUAACUGGAAAUAGACGUACGAACAAGGAGCAUUCAAUUGAUCAGGAGUUUACAUACAACAAUCAGGCUUUUAGAGUUAGCUGCAUGAAAUGUUAUCCUGUUCGUGUUAUCAGGCGGUAGAAUGUUGUUGGAAAUGGAUUAAGCCACCACCUCGUAGUGAAGAAAAAGUGGUCGAUGUAAAUCCUGUACAGGGCGAAGGAAAAAUUGGUGAUUAAGAAAUUUCAAACAAUUUCAAUGAGUGAAUCUUCUACAAGGAUUUUGCUGCCUCAUACGUAAAAAGGUGAUGAAUCAACCCUUGACAACUCCAUGUGCACAUAACUUUUGCAAGUCGUGUCUUGAAAAUGCAUUUGAAGGACAAUCAUUUGCACAAGAGACGGUCUGGCAGAAUGGACGAAGGCUUCGCUCGAAGAAAAAUGUACCGACAUGUCCAGCAUGCCCAACUGAUAUUUCUGAGUUCCUUCACAGUCCUUAGGUAAACCAGGAAAUCAUGGAGGUUAUAGAGAAUUUGCAGUCUGGACUUGAUUUGUAUGCAAAUGGUGAUGCUAAGGGCUUGAAGGAAAAUAGUUCUGAGAAGGGAAAGGAGGACACAGGCGACCCACCAAAUGAGAAAAUCCUCUUACGGGAAAGAGCAGUUUGCCAUCGGUUGUGUUGAUUUGAGAUUGACCCGUAGGUUCUAAUGCAAGGAAGAGACUGGCCACUAACGUAGGAGGGGCAAUACCAGUUUCCUUCUGGGGUUUGUAGAAGUAGAGGAUCCAAGCAAUAUCUAUGAUACUCGGAAUCACAUUUAUCACACAACAGAACAUUGUCAUCAUCCUUGUCCCUUCCACAAACUUUACUAGUCCCUCAUCCCAUGAAGCUCUAGGGUGCGCACUAUUACACACCUGAACAAGAAGAUUAUCUCUCUUUCAGAGUAUCAACACUUGAAACUUUUGCAUUGGAAAUAUCAGCCAUUUUUUGGAGAAGUGUCAGAACUUGUAAUUUACAUCAAACAUAAGAAGUUCAGGAAGAAGAGGAACGAAUACGAAAUGAACACCAUAGUCUGGGCGAACUCAAAUCCAUUUUUAGAGAUUCAAAUAUGUUGCUUAAUUCCAUAGAAUUCCAAUCA